AUGGAAGAGAAUCACCCUUCCCACUCCGACUAUGAAGUCGUGCCUGGAACAGUCUACCUCGUCACCCAACCAUCCCACAACACCAACCAACACGGAGACAUCAUCCUUGUUCCCACUCCAUCCAACAAUCUAGACGAUCCACUCCGGUGGUCCCUCUGGCGUAAGAGAUAUCAUAUCUUCUUACUCGUUAUAUACAGCACCGUCAUGACUGCCCUCGGAAAUUGGGAAAGUUCUGUUUACGUUGAUAUCCAAGAUGCGCUUGGGACAUCGAUUAAUCAACUCAACAUCGGUACUGCUCUGACGCUAUUGAUGCUUGGUGUUGGAAAUGUCUUUUUCACCCCUCUUUCUCAUAAGUUUGGGCGGCGCAUUGCAUACCUUUCUAGUCUGGCUGUAGUGAUCGGCUGCCAUAUCUGGCUUGCGACUGCGCGGAACUCCGGUGACUUUAUCGGUGCUCAUGUCCUCUUUGGACUAGGGCGUGCACCAUACGAAGCUCUCGUUCGCAUCUCGAUCGCUGAUAUCUUCUUUGCUCACGAACGAGGUUUUGCCUUAGGUAUAUACGCCUUCGGGCUAUCAGCAGGCUCUUCAGUCGGUCCAAUUUGCUCUGGGUACAUGAUCGAAACUCUCGGUUGGCGUUGGGUAUACUGGUGGGGUGCUAUCUUGUGCGGUAUACUCUUUGUUGCUAUCUUCUUUACUUUGGAGGAAAGCAACUUCGUCAGAGACUCGGAGCUGCCGCAAGAUCCAGCCCAAGAGUCUGUUCUGGAGGCCAUCCAGCACGAUAAAGGAGAAAAGCAGUUACACUCUGCACUCACCAAUGGUAGUGUAUACAGAGUUGGUCAAGUUCUGGAGACAGACUCAUUUCGUCUUCAGUACCGCGCUUGGGUUGUUCUCCCAGGAACUUGGGAGCAACUCGUCAGGCAAGUCUAUCGACCUCUGCAACUAGCUUGGUUUCCAGCCAUUGUUUGGAGCGGUCUCGAGUACGGCGCCUGUGUGUCGUGGAUUACCGUCUUGGGAACCACUACAGCUUCCAUCUUAGGCUCGUCACCAUAUAACAUGAGCAAUGAGGCCUUGGGUCUGAUCUGGCUGUCUCCUCUCAUCGGAGGUCUUUUCGGAGCCUUGAUGGCGGGUCCUUUCAACGACAAGCUUGUCCUGUUCCUCACACGCCGAAACCGCGGUUGGCUCGAGCCAGAGUUCCGUCUCUGGGUCUUCAUCCCCAUGGCAUUCCUAAUGUCAGGCGGUCUCCUACUAUACGGCGUCGGUGCAGCUAAUUCUGUACCUUGGAUCGGUCCUGUGGUCGGCAUGGGACUCGUUGGUUUUGGGUUGACUGUUGCAGCUGCGCUUACGAUGGCCUAUGUUGUUGACUGCUAUAAGGAGGUUGACGGUGAAGCUAUCACGACCGUAAUCCUGAUCAGGAACAUCAUUGGUUGUGCUAUGACAUUUGGUAUUCAACCUUGGAUUGACAGCAUGGGGGUGCAAGAUACUUUCAUCUUGGUCUGUUUUCUGUCAUUUAUCAUCACUGUAUUCGCGGGGGCAUUCAUCGUCUGGGGAAAGAAGUUUCGCAUUCUUACUCAGGUGGCAUAUCUGAGCUUCGCGGGAACUUCCUCUAGGGAAAACUAAACACUGGGACAGGGCAAUUAUUGAGUCAAUCAUAUUCCCAAACGCCCUUGGUUAUCUUGUAUCUUUCUUAUAUAGCCAUUCCCAUAGCCAACUGUACUUUUACAAGG